AUGGAUCUUGUUAGUCCAUCUGUCUAUUUUCCGUCAAAAACCGUUGAUGUGGAUGUUCAGUUCACUAACGUCAUUGCAUUGCAUUGCAUUGCAUUGCAUAAACCUCUUUCUCUGCCGCCUGGGAUUGUAAAAAUCUUCAUAUUGAUACUAUACAAGUCCCAAUUUGUUAAUGAACUACCAGGACGCAACACCCUCGGUAUGACCCUAGUUCGCAUUGACUAUGCACUGUACGGUGGCCUAAACCUACCUUACACUCACCCUCGCAACAUAGAAAUCCUUGUAGUCAUGGAAGGAACACUUUAUGUCGGAUUUGUAACCUCCAACGUGCAGGGUAAUCGCCUUUUCGCCAAAGUCCUAAACUCAAGAGACGUGUUUGUAUUUCUGGUUGGUAUGGUUAACUUCCAACUCAAUAUUGGAAAGACAAAUAUAGUGGAUUUUGGAGGAUUGACCAGCCAAAAUUUUGGUGUCAUUCCAAUUACAAAUGUAGUAUUUGGUUUUGAUCUACCAAUUAAUCCUGAUGUUCUAACCAAGGCUUUCCAACUAGACAAGAACAUAGUGGAGUAUCUUCAGAAACUGUUCUAG